GAAUAAGUCAGCUUACUAUUCUUUGGAAAGGGUUCAUCAAUUCGAUAUAAAUUCGAGAACGAUGUCUGCAAAUGCUGCUUGGGAUGAUAGCGACAGCGAAAAUGAGAACGUGGUGGUCGAAGAGAAGCCAGUGAUUCUUCCACGAGCCCGUCAACCAUCAAUAGCUAAGAGCCUUGAAAAAGUGCAAAUUCUGGAGAACAGUGUUGCUGGUUCGGAGAAAAACGCUUCUGAUGACGAUUCAGAUGCCAGUUCCGUGAUGUCGGAUGACUUGGAAAGUCUCGGAGAAACGACGGAAGUUCUCAAUUUCUCUCUGGAACAACUCUCGAUGAUGAAGAAGAAUCUCGCCCAAUUUCCAUGCAGUUACAAAAAUAUUAUCAGCGAAUUCGCUGACGUUGAAAUUUUCUUAAUCUCAAUUGACUCGUUGAUUGUUGAAUGUGCUGCUCACAGUUAUCACAACUGGGAUGUAGCCGGUCAAUCUAUGGUUCUCAACAAACAAAUCGAUCGUUUCCUACAACAAUUUGUCGAUAUUGGAGGACGAUUCAAGCUUGUUGUCUUUUCUGAUCUGACUACUCAAUUUGCAAAGGACACAACUCUCUCAUUUGCCCGAUCUACUGCUCUUGCACAUUUGGCAAAUGGUCCACACGCUCGAGAUUUGUUGUUCUUCACAAAUCCAACUGAUCCAGAAUGGGACAAGCUUUUGAAUGAUUUGACACCAUCUUUCCUAAUGAUCUCCACGGAUAAUGUUACUCAAAACGUGUGCGCUUCUCAGGAAAUCGAUCUUACAAAACAAUUUGAGACCAUCGCAUUCGAUGUGCUCACUCGUUCAAUGUCAGUUGUUCUUCUCCACUCGAUCAAAGUGAACUUCGUAUCUGUUGAGGCUUAUUACAUUCAACCACUUCUUGUUGUUGCUCCAGAUUGGCAAGCUUUCCUUGCCGCACACUGGGAUAAUAAUGGAACGCUUCUCCGGAACCAUCUUAGUAAGGAAAUCAAGUUCAAUCAAUUCGAAACUCCUGCGGAUCUGUGGGUGAAAGUUAUCACAGAUGCAAAAGCUACUGGAAAGGGAUCAGACACUUUUGAUACUCUUGCUGCUGCUGUUAUUCUGUCUUCAUUGAUUUGUAGCAGAAGAGGUGCUCAUAGAAUUUAUUAUCCAACUCGUACUGAUGCAAAGAGAGGACUCAAUGUUAUCAGAGACAGACGAUUGAUUCUGAAUGCUGCUGUCGUUCUUCUCGACAAAGCUGAUCACGCGAAUUCAAAACUGGAUCUCAGUGACCUGUGGGAUGGUAGAAUGGUUUAUUCAAUCUUCGAUGAGCUCUCCGCUAACGAAACUGUUCUUCCUUACCGCCUUCAGGAUGAUUUUGCCAAGUAUCACCAGAAGGCUGGUCUUACUGUACCACUUGCUACUGAUACAAACGAGAAGCUGUUUGAUCCAAUCCCUGAAAUCACGGAUCCACUCGUUGAUUUGCCGAUUCUCUACAGUGUCACUUCACCAAUGAUUAAGAGAUUCGUACCAGAAAUUGAGAAGAUGACGUCACAGAAUGCUGUUGAAGAAGGAACUGUUCAGGAUUAUGCUGAUUAUCUUAAAGAUACUUCUCAGUGGAGAUUGAAACCCAUUGAAGAGACUUAUGCACAGAAAGAAGAGAAAAUCGAAGAUGCCUGGCAAUUGAAGAAAGCAAAUCGUUCAAAACAGUUUUUGAUGAGAUGGUACGAACUGUUCGCUAACUCUCUUGAAGGACGUGGAUCAAAUCUGCUCGUCGACUUCUCAAGAGUUCCAAAGGGUUAUGCAGUUGUUGAGGAAGAAGUUACUGAUGAAAAGAAGACUGGAAAAGGAGGAUGGAGUGGACAGAAACAACAGAAACCAGGAGCUGGUGGAAAGAAAGGAGCUACAAAAGAAUCUGGAAAGUCUAAGAAGGAUCUUAUCCUAGAAGCUAAUAAGAAAGCAAAAGACCAAAAAGUUGCUGAAAGUGAAAAAGUUAAGAUCAAGUAUGGUUGUCAGCAAGGAAAGGAAUCUGUCAUUUUCUUGAACAAUCUGUAUUCUUCCCUCGAUUUGCCAGAAACAAGAGCUUUAUGUGUGUAUGAAAUAGCUGUCCGAGAAGGAAGAACAAUUUUCGAUCAACAUCAAGGAACAGACAAGCAAGAAGUAAGAAGAAAUGCAGCAAUUGAUUUGGUUGGUCAUCUCAAAGAUUGUUUCGUUAAGCAUUGGGAUCAUUUGGAAUCGAAACAAAAAGAACAAAUUGUUGAUUUGUGGGUUUCUCUUGGAUUUGAAGCUCCAGCUGGAUCAAAACCAUCAUCGGAAGCAAAACAAAAGAAAUUGAAUCUUGGAAUUAACAUGGUCUACUAUCAAUUACAGUACGGAGGAGAGCUUAUUGAUAUUCAAUCCGAUCCAAAGAAAGAUGAUCGUGUCAGUGGAUUUGCUCCAGAUGGUUGGCAGAGAAAAAUGCUUGAUUCAGUUGACAGAGGUAACUCUGCACUUAUCAUUGCUCCAACUUCUGCUGGUAAGACCUUCGUAUCUUAUUACUGUAUUGAGAAGGUUCUUCGUUCAAGUGAUAAUGAUGUCGUCGUUUAUGUUGCUCCAUCGAAAGCUCUUAUCAAUCAGGUCUGUGGAUCCGUCUACGCUCGUUUCCGUAAUAAGUCAAUGAAACGUGGAAUUUCACUUUUCGGAACUCUCACACAAGAAUAUUCGCAAAAUGCAAUGCAAUGCCAAGUUCUCAUCACAGUUCCUGAAUGUCUUCAAGAGCUGAUGCUGUCCAGAACUCCAGCUGUUCAAAAGUUUGUCUCGCACAUCAAAUAUGUCGUAUUUGACGAAGUUCACUCCAUCGGAGCUUCCGAAGAAUCACACAUUUGGGAACAACUCCUUCUCCUCAUUCAGUGUCCAUUCCUUGCCUUAUCCGCCACCAUUGGAAAUGCGAACAAGCUUCACGAAUGGCUCAAUUCAAGUGAACAGGCAAAAAGUGCCGGAAAACGAAAGGUCGAACUUAUCAACUACGGAGAAAGAUAUUCUGAGUUGGAAUUGUCUAUCUUGAAUAUCAAUGAUCCACAUGGUGAAGAUGAUGGUGCUGUGCACAAGAAGGCUGGAGAAAGAGCUGUUAUUCCACUGAUGCCGUACGGAGUUUAUAUGCCAGAGAAGCUUCGAAUGUUCUCGAUUCCAGAAGAUCAGCAAUUAACUGCUAGACAGGUUCUCCAUCUUUAUAAUAUGAUGGCUGAAGUUGAUGAUGCCACCAAAAAGGAAUUCGAACCAUGUAAGUUCUUCGGCCAACACGGAACGAAAGCUGUUUGGAUUUCAAGAUCCGAACUGCGUCGUUUGGAAAAUGCUCUGAAAGAACGAUUUAUGGAGUGGCUGAGCUCUGAUGAGCAGAAGAUCAAUUCUAUUUUGAAAAUCCUGAAGGAACCAGUUAACACUCAACUUAGCUACAGAGCACGUCCAUUCAACAAGGAGAAGAUUGCAAACGACUAUAUUGUUACUCUUGUUGACGAUUUGAAAGAAAAAGGAGAGCUUCCAGCCAUUUGUUUCAACGACGAUCGUCAUGUUUGUGAAAAGCUCGCCGUCACGUUGGCUAAUGAACUUGAACGACGUGAGUUGGAAUACAUGGAAACUGAUGAGUUCAAGAACAAGUAUAUGAUCAAGGAUGAAAGCAAAUUGGUCAAAUUGGCUAAAAGAAAGAGAGAUGACGCUGAAAAGAAGAAAAAGGGAGAUAAGGACGAAGAUGCUGGUCCAGAAAAAGAUGACGAUGAAAUGGAUGUACUCGCAAUGAAGAAAGCCAAAUUGGCGAGAGCUUUGGAAAGAUUCAAGCUCCGUGGAAGAAAUGGAGGCGAUCCAGACAUAUAUGCCAAGAUGGUUGAAAGAAUGCAGAAAGGCGCAAAGACUCGUGAGUCUACACAGGUUCUUCUCAAAUUGUUUGAACGUGGAAUCGGAUACCAUCAUGCUGGACUCAAUACUGUCGAAAGAGGAGCGGUUGAAGUGUUGUUCCGAUCUGGAAAUCUCGCUGUUCUCUUCUCUACAUCCACACUUUCUCUCGGAGUUAACAUGCCGUGUAAGACUGUCAUGUUCGGAGUGGACACUCUUCAGCUUACUCCACUUCUCUAUCGUCAGAUGUCUGGUCGUGCAGGACGUCGUGGUUUUGAUCACUCCGGAAACGUAAUCUUCAUGAGCAUACCUACCAGCAAAGUCCGUCGUCUAUUGACUGCUUCACUGUCCAACUUGCAAGGAAAUCCACCGUUCACAGUUCUUUUCCUGCUCCGUCUCUUCGCCUAUGUCCAUCAACAGGAUAUCUUGAACGAAGAGGGACAAAAGGUUUCCACGAUGAAGCAGCGUGCGUUCGCAGCUAAAUCUUUGCUCGAACACUCGUUCAGUAUUCACACAAGACGUGAGGCUCAAGAUGGAAUUCUUCAAAAGCAGCUCCGUAUGUUCUCUGCUUUCUCAUUUCAACUUCUGAGGCAUCUUCAACUUUUGUCUCCAUUCGGAGAAGGCAAGAACUUUGCCGAGAUGGCUAUUCAUUCUUCAUCUGGUGCUAACGGAACUCUCCUGUUCAUCUACCUCAUGCAGAAGAAGUGUUUCCAUCAGCUCAUCAAGUCUUAUGAUACUGCCGAACAAGCGCAGCUCGGAAUUCUCGAAGUUCUUGCAAACUUGUUCACGAACCUCAGAAUGACACCAUUCCACGAAAGAAGUGAUAAUUUGGAAAACGUGCAGGUGACUCUCCGCGGAUUGCCAUCACUGCUAAAACCCUAUGUGGAAGAGUACAAUAGCACUGUCACCGGACUCUACAAGCGUUUCAUGGCUGCUUCUUCCCAGGAUGGAAAUCUUUUUGAUCCAUCUUUCGCCGUCAGUGGCAAGCUUGAUUCUGAAAGUGUUUCCCUCACUGAAGAUUUCCUUGUUGCUCCACUUUUCGAUCAAUACUCCCACGAUGAAUCUUUCCUUCCAGUCAUUGAUUUCAAUAAGAAAGACCAUCGUGGACGCAAGAUUCAACGCAAUGCAUUUGCCUACGAUUUCUAUGUUCAUGGAUCCCGUAACAUGCUCAUGGAUGUCAAUGGUUUGCAUGUCAGCGUUGCUUGGUUCCUUCUGCACGACUUUGCGGCGAUUCUUGAACGUCUUGCAAUUGGAGUGCACAAUAUGGCUCGCCCUCAAGAUCCACUCGUUCUGGUGCUCGAAGAGUUGCACAAGAACUAUGAUGAAAAGUUCCGCAAAGCAUUCGGAAUGCGUACCCGCGAUUAAUCUACCUUUCAAUAUCCUCUUCUAUCUUUGCCCAUUUAUUCACUUUAUUCUUGUUUUUUUUUCCCAACCUAUCUUUUGCUUCAUUUACAACACCUUUCAGCUCUGUUUAUCUGGCAAUUUUCAGUUUUUAUGAAAUUUCCCGGUUUUUCUUUCGCACCCAAAUUCCAUCCUUUUGUUAAUCCCGUUGUUGCUCUUUUCGAAUAACCUUCUGAAUUUUUGUGUCUCUUAUGAAGUUGUUGGUCAAA